AACUUGUGACUGCCAGUGCCAAAUGCUUUCGAGUACUAUACGUUCGACAUUGAGAGUAUCCUCAAGAUACUAUGCUUUAUCAGCCCACGCCAAGGCGUUGAUGUCAAAGCCGGUUCUGGAAAUUGAUCCAGAGAUGACCGAGAUCUUGGGAUUGGAGAAGCAAAGACAAAAGAACAGUGUAACGUUGAUUCCUUCUGAGAACUUCACCUCCAAAGCCGUCAUGGAUUUGUUGGGAUCCGAAAUGCAGAAUAAGUACUCUGAAGGGUACCCGGGUGAACGGUACUACGGAGGUAACCAAUUCAUUGACCAGGCCGAAGCUUUAUGUCAAAAGAGAGCUUUGGAAGCGUUUGACUUGGAUCCCGAACAAUGGGGUGUCAACGUUCAGCCUUUAUCUGGAGCCCCUGCCAACCUCUAUGCCUACUCGGCCGUGUUGGAGGUUGGAGACCGGAUUAUGGGUUUGGACUUGCCUCACGGUGGACAUUUGUCUCACGGAUACCAGACUCCUACUGCCAAAAUCUCCUACAUCUCCAAGUACUUCCAGACAAUGCCAUACCGGUUGAACGAGGAAACCGGGUUGAUUGACUAUGACACCUUGGAAGCCAAUGCCAUUUUGUUCAGACCAAAAGUCAUUGUUGCUGGUGCUUCUGCGUACUCGAGAGUCAUCGACUACGCUAGAAUGAAAAAAAUUGCUGACAAGGUCGGAGCCUACUUAUUGAGUGACAUGGCCCAUAUCUCUGGAUUGGUGUCGGCUGGAGUCACCCAAUCUCCGUUCCCAUACUCGGACAUUGUGACCACCACCACUCACAAAUCGUUGAGAGGUCCUAGAGGAGCCAUGAUUUUCUUCAGAAAGGGUAUCAGAAAAGUCACCAAGAAGGGUAAGGAAAUUCCCUACGACUUGGACAAGAAGAUCAACUUUUCUGUGUUUCCAGCUCACCAAGGUGGGCCUCACAACCAUACGAUUUCUGCCUUGGCUGUUGCCUUAAAGCAGACUUCGUACCCAGAGUACAAAGAAUACCAACAAAACGUCGUUGACAAUGCUGCCAAAUUUGCCGACCAGUUGCAGGCCAAGGGCUUCAAGUUGGUGAGUGACGGGACCGAUACUCACUUGAUUUUGGUGGACUUGAGAUCCAAAAACAUCGAUGGUGCCAGAGUUGAAGCGGUUUUGGAAAGAAUCAACAUUGCUGCUAACAAAAACACCGUUCCUGGAGACAAGUCUGCUCUUUUCCCAUCGGGAUUAAGAGUCGGAACUCCUGCCAUGACUACCAGAGGUUUCGGAGAAGAAGAAUUCGGCAAAGUGGCCGAAUACUUCCAACGGGCUGUUGAUAUUUCCAUUGAUUUGAAAGCCCAAGAGUCGGGAAAGAACCCCAAGGAGUUGUUGGCUUCUUUCAAGCAGUUGGCUGAUGCAUCCAAGGAUGUGAAAGAACUCGGUGAGGAGGUUUCCAACUGGGUGGGCCAAUACCCAGUUCCUGGUGAUUUGUAGUUCAAUAAUGGACAAUAGUAUUUGAGACCACCAUAUACAUCCUACGCUCUAUAUGUCCAAACAAUACUUUGGAAUCUGUGCUUAUAGUUACAAAAUACAAAACCCCAAUCAGUCGCG